AUGGGACCUUUUACAUCAUUAUUGGAGCGGGAGUAUUCGAAGUCUGUAGAGACGAUAGUUCUAGUUGGAGGUAGUAGUGUUCAACAAACUGGUAUAAUCAAUGAGAUGGGUCGUGUAUUUAUGGAGAAGGUUACUGAUGAGGAGAUCCACGCCGGAGUGGAGAAAUUUGGUGAUGCUGGAGAUGAUGAUUUAACUGUGAGGCCUGGUUUAAUCAACUAUUACUAUUUUCCAGGACUGCAGGUCUCAUUAAACGUUUAUGGAAUCAUACCCAUAUCACGCAGUGCAUUAUUUUCUAUUACAGAAAAUAGCUACCACCUGGUAUUGGUGAUAGAUCUGAAAGCCAGUUUGGAUUUUCUUCAAGACAGGUCUACAGAGGAAGGUAUGAUGGAAUUGAUACAGAAUUGGAGGCAGGAGCUAAGCCAGGUACAAAGCGCGUCGUCGCCUGGAAGACUCGCGUCCUCCUUAAGUGUUAUGGUGUUAGGAUGUGAUGCCAUUCAGUAUAACUUCAAGAGUAUGCAGAAAAUCGAUUUAAUGCAGCAGGUGCUACGGCUUAUCUGCAUUAAUGAAAAUAAGCAGUUGAAUGCACAACAGGCAUGUGUAUGCUACUUGAAGAAUUGGGGAGAUGAUGCAGAAAGACUACUGCAGUUUCUAGAGUUAGUUGUGGAAGGGAAGUCAGAUAAAAUUGUGAUCGACGACUAUGACUCGAUAUUUAUACCUGUUAAGGAGGACAGCGUGGGUAAAAUUAAGAUUGUUAAUGAAGCAUUCGAUGAUGAAAAAUGGUCCAAAACCGAGCAGUUUUGUACCAAGCAUGAGGAAGGUGUCGUUGAUAAGAUUUCAACUACUACGGAAAAAUCAUCUGUUAGUGUUAUGGAGGAGUAUCAGAAGUUAUUAAGGUCUGAAUUUCAAUCUGUAAGAGAUCUUAUAUAA